AUGUUGAAACGAAGAGCCUUCCGAGCCCCCAAAGAUUUCUCUUCUACUGAGUGUGCUCUCAACUUGAUGAAGAGCCUUCAUCGGGAUAAAUUCAUGAUGAUUCCCAAUAGCAAGUUGAGCGGGUCGUUUUUUUCUUUACAACAAUUCUCUCAACAACGACGAAACAAAACCAUUGGAAUUGAUCUCGGAUCCACCUAUACACGUGCCAUGUAUUGGCAAGGUAAUGAUGAACCACCUCUGGUCAUUCCGAAUAUUCUCGGUCAUGAAAAGAUGAGGAUUGAUGGUAUUCCUUCCAUGAUAGUAUUUCAUGAUGGAAAAGUAUUGAGUGUUGGAGGUGAUCAAAUUUGUCAACAACCAACACGAUUACCGAAAAUUACUGUGUUUGAAUUGAAACGAUUGUUGGGUCAUACCUAUCGUGAUCUUCUUAUUCAAGCUCCACAUGUUCUUCUUUCCAACCAAAAUCAAAUAUUAUUCAUACAAGGUCAGAAUGGAGAACCUUUGAUUCAAAUAGGAACUUGUAAAUAUUCUCCCGUCGAAUUGUUAUCGUUGAUAUUUGAAAAAGUGAAACACAAUGCAAGUACGUUUUUUGGAGAAGAAAUUUCUCAAGCAGUUGUUGCCAUUUCACCGUACAUGAACGACGAGUCGAGAGCAUUCAUUUCUCAAGCUGGUCGUAUGUGUGGUCUGAACAUUUCUCGUUGCAUUUAUGAACCACAUGCAACAGCGUUGGCGUUUGGUUUGCAUGAGCAGCUGAAACCCAUUCAAACUGUGAUGGUUUGUGACUUUGGAGCUCGAUCAUGUAAUAUAUCAAUUUUGGAAAUGGAUGAAUUUGGAUUGUUUGAAUUGAAAUCAACUAAAUGCAACUUUUUAUGUAGUGGACUGGAAGUGGAUUUGAAAAUAGGGGAAUGGAUUUCAAACGAGAUGAAAAAAAUUGGAAAAUGCACAGCAAUACCAAAAGAUAGAUUUUUGAUGCAUGCUGAACAAGCAAAAAAGGAAUUAUCAGUCAAGAGCUCCACUGAUAUUAAAGUGCCAAUCUUGUUGGACGAUGUUUCACAACAUGAUGCUUCCACGGAGAAGUUCACAUUAUCGCUUACUGAGAUGGAGAGAGUCAUUCCAGACUUUGCAGAAAGGGCAGAAGAAACCAUUCAACAAUGUCUGACAGAUGCCAAUUUGCACAAACAAUCUAUUAAUCAUGUAUUAUUAGUGGGAGGCAUGUCUAAAAUGCCACUUGUCAAACGAGUGGUAUCAGAAAAUUUUGGGUUUUUUACUACCCCACCUAACCCACAAGAAUCUGUGGUAUUAGGUUGUGCAAUUCAGGCAGGAAGGAUAUUAGCAUAA